UCACAGCUACAUGGUGGAACAGGAGAUGCUGAGCUAUGCGAGUGGGCUGCAGGGGCAGAGUCUGAUCGACAACAUGGGGGGCAAGAAUGCCGUUAGGCGGGAGGCAAUGGGGGCGUUCCUUUACAGUGCCAUGUAUGCCCGCAAUGCUAACAACUACGAAUUGGUGAUGACUUCGGCCAGGCACUACUGGAACGCUUGCAUCACAUUAGUGAGUCAACCAAUAGAAAGAGAGCUCUUGAAAGAACCAAUCAGAACCAUUCUCGAUUGUAUCACAGCCACUGCUGAGAAGAAACCGAAGAAAGAGGACAAGGACAGUGUUCCUGUAGUGACUGACACCAAGAGUGACAAAUCGCUUGUUCAGACUGAGGGGAAGGCGGAGACGAAGGAUGUGAAGGAAGUGAAGGAACAGAAGUCGUCGACGAUGAUCGGCAGUCCGCAGGAAGACUUGACGCUGCGAGCCGCUCUGUAUGGCGUCCUUUUCAUGUCCUACAUCGAUCAGGAAGAAUGGGAGAACGCUUUGCAAGCGAUGGAUCAGGCUGUUGAUGCCAUGCCAAGAACAAAACACCGACU